AAGGGGGGCGGGGUUGUUGCCUGACUGGAAGAGCUGCCUGCCAGCCUUAACUCGGGGACUUCAUCAACCCAAAGUUCUCAUGGAGCGUUUAAUAAAUUGUUCUGCGUGGCCACUCAAGUAUGCCUUUGGCUUUCAAUGAAUUUGACAUUCCUCAUCUCCGCCCGCCUGUGCUGUCCUGUUACAGUAGUUCUGCUGCAGAUCCAGGGAGAGGAGCCUGUUUGCAUUCCUCUGCAGGUGCAAGACAAUGGAGGUGAAAAUUGAACAGGAGGACAAAGACAUCUCAUUCAGUAACACCGACACAAAUGGUAAGCGCCCAGCUGAGGACAUGGACGAGGAACAAACCUUCAAACGCUCUCGCAACGCAAACGAGAUGGUGGAGCUGCGCGUGCUGCUUCAGAGCAAAAAUGCCGGGGCUGUGAUUGGAAAGGGUGGCAAGAACAUAAAAGCUCUACGCACAGACUACAAUGCGAGUGUAUCAGUCCCAGACAGCAGUGGCCCAGAGCGGAUCCUAAGUGUGAAUGCCAGCAUCGACACUAUUGGAGAGAUCCUGCUGAAAAUCAUACCAACUCUUGAGGAGUACCAGCAUUACAGUGGGAUGGAUUUUGACAGCGAGCUGCGCCUGCUGAUCCAUCAGAGUUUGGCAGGGGGCAUCAUCGGGGUAAAAGGUGCCAAAAUCAAGGAGCUGAGAGAGAACACACAGACCACCAUCAAGCUGUUCCAAGAGUGCUGUCCUCACUCCACGGAUAGGGUUGUGUUGGUUGGGGGAAAGCCUGAGCGUGUCAUUGACUGUAUCAAAGUCAUCCUGGAGUUGGUGGCAGAGGCUCCCAUCAAAGGUCGCGCUCAGCCUUAUGACCCCAAUUUCUAUGACGAGACAUAUGACUAUGGUGGUUUCACCAUGCUAUUUGAAGAGAGGGGCAGACGACCAAUGGGUGGAUUCCCCAUCCGUGUGCGUGGGGGCUUUGAGCGCAUGCCCCCCGUUCGUGGCAACAGGCCCAUGCUGCCUUCCAGAAGGGACUACGACGACAUGAGCCCCCGUCGAGGUCCUCCACCACCGCUGAGUAGAGGUGGGCGAGGAGGCAGCCGAGCACGAAAUCUGCCUCUCCCACCACCACCGCCGCCAAGAGGAGGGGGAGACCGGUUCUCACAUGGCAGCUAUCACAGCAGCAUAGACGACAGACCGAGCGACAGAAGAGGCAGAGGAGACCGUUAUGACAGCAUGAGUGGAGGUGGAUAUGACAACAACUCUUCCUGGGAGCACUUUCAGUCCGGUGGAAGAGGUUCAUAUAGUGAUAUUGGAGGCCCAGUCAUUACAACACAAGUCACAAUCCCAAAAGAUCUGGCUGGCUCCAUCAUUGGUAAGGGCGGCCAAAGGAUCAAGCAGAUCCGCCACGAGUCUGGGGCAUCCAUCAAGAUUGAUGAACCACUAGAGGGCUCUGAGGACCGCAUCAUCACCAUCACCGGGACACAGGACCAGAUCCAGAACGCCCAGUACCUGCUGCAGAACAGUGUGAGGCAGUACUCGGGUCGCUUCUUCUAAGAAGGAGGAGGUAAAGGAGAAGAUUGAAGCCAUGCUGCCAAACUGUUUGCUCCUUUUAUUCAGAGCUACAUUCCUCUGCUUUGGGUAGAUGUGCUCCCUCCUCUUCAUAUCAAACAUUACAUCAUCUAUAAAUCCUAAUUUUCAUCGUCAGGACUAUUUAAAAAGAAAUAUUAAGCUGCCAAACAUCAAACGAGUAUUCAACAUGUUUCUGUGCUCGUGCUAUUUUAUUUAAAUUUUUUGGGAGAUUCUUGUGCCGUCAUUGGAGUUAAUGCAUCUGUGAUAACGUUUGGUGUUGUGAGCCACCUCGGCUCUUUAUCUCUCGCAUUUCAGUACAGCAUGCAGAAUGUAAUCUUUAAGUAAGGAAUUCUUUUUAUUUCUUUAUUUUUUUGUCAAGUAUUAAAGCACACGCUUCAUAUGAUCAUGCAUGGUCUAAGCGGUCAAAGUAAGGAAACUGCAAAAGGCCUUGCUUGCAAUACUUUCUAUCUCGAGGUUUGAACUUAAUUACCUUGUAACCCCGAGAAAAUAAAAAUUGUUUUCUUGUGAUAACUGUUAUCCCUAAAAAAUAAAAAACGUUUGUUUCUUAAGGUUA